AAUUUCCUCUUGAAGCUGACUUCCUUUCUGGAAAUGAUUUUCGUCUCCAACCAUGUUGAGGCUCUUUUCUCAUUCUUUCAUUCUGACUUGCUUUUUCCCUCCUCUGACUUGCUACUGCAGUUGAGUAGAACUUCUGGAGAGAGGAGAGACAGAUCUUGCUGCUCCCCCCACCUUUUCCUGCGAUCUAAUCAUUUGCAGAUCUUGCCAUGGGGUGCGGACUGAGAAAGCUGGAAGACCCAGAUGAUAGCAGCCCUGGAAAAAUCUUUUCUACAUUGAAGAGACCACAAGUUGAAACAAAGACGGAUACUGCUUAUGAAUACAUAUUGCUGGAUUUUACUUUAGAAGCUUCCUCAAAUCCAGAAGUUAUCAAGAUCAGUUCUGUGUUGGAUAUAGCAUCUAAGGUGGAAGACUAUUACAGCAAAGGAUACAUUGUAGGAGCUGUUCAUCCUAUUAUCCUGCCAAUUGGACGUAGAAGGAGUUUCCCUGCAAGUCACAUAUACCGAGUGGUACUUUCACGAUUAAAAUUAAGCCAGAAACAUGCAGCACCCCGAGGACAAAGGCAGCCCAGGCUGGUGAUUGAGGAAUGUCCUUUAACGUACGAAACACUGACAAAUGAGGUGGUGAAAGAACUGUUGGAAAAGGUCAAUGAAGCUGUUAAAAGAGGAAAGAAGUUUGUGGGAUUUUUAAUGCAACACUUUCCUCCACCUAAAGCCUGUAAUGGAACAAGCACAGAUGGAAGCGCAGAGCUGGAAUCAACACUGGGCAGAAGAAAUACAGAGCACAGAAGAAAAAAUUCUGAUGAAAACUAUAAAAACUGGAGCGAAGGAACAUUGAGUGGUCACUCAUCAGAGAGUGGGAUAGAAGAGGAAAUGCAAGGAGAAAGCAGUCUCUUACAGGAUGCAGAUUUCCCGUUUGGAAAAGAAGUCAGCCCAGUUAAACCACGAAAAGGAGACGACAAGUUAUAUACAGUCUUCAAUGUUUUUGAUGAUGAUUCUACCUGCUGGACCUAUCAUGAGGGUGUUUUGUCUAUGAAAGUUACAAGAAAGGGGCCAGUUAUCAGUACAUUGGAAGCAGACUGGCUGGAAUUAACCACAUUUUAUUAUAAACAAGGAUUGUCCUUAAUUGAUUCUUUUGUACAGUGGGAAACUUCUAAAGGGGACUAUUUGCCUAAAUCUUUAGAAGGAUUAUUUAUCUAUGAAGAAGAAGGUGCUGGGGUUCCAGGUUCUAACAGGAAAGGAAAUGAUGCAAUAGUGGUUGAACAAUGGACAGUCAUUGAGGGGUGUGAAAUUAAAACAGAUUACGGACCUUUGUUGCACACACUGGCUGAGUUUGGAUGGCUCCUGACCUGUGUCCUGCCUACACCUAUUGUACGACAUGACAGUGAAGGAAAUCUGGCCACAAAGCAAGUUGUUUUUCUUCAGAGACCUGUUAUGUGGAAUUCUGCUGUCCAGACACCAGAGAAGAAAUCCUUAAGACAAGUUCUUGGGGAGGAAAAAGGCAAAGUCUCGAGCAGAAGUGUUGGAUUAGACACAGCUACUUCUCGCCCUGUAGAAGCUGGACAACCACCUGAUGAGUUUCACUUGUCUGCUCCUAAACAAUGUUGGAUCAAGGAGGGACCCUCCCAGUAUGGAGGCUUUCCAGGAUUCAGUAGCAGUGAUGGGGUAUUAAGGGAACUGGAUGAUGGACAAUUUGACCAGGAAGAUGGAGUCACUCAGGUCACAUGUAUGUGAUAAAGUAAGUAACUGCAUCACAUGGACAUAUACAUAAUUCACACAAGCAUUUAAAAAUACAAUCCAUCCUUCUUCAAAUGCCUCUGUAUAAUCCUAUGACUUUCCAGACUCAUGUUGUACUUUUGUCUGUUUCUUUGUUGCGUUAAUCCUACUGUAGUAAUAACACUACUGCAAAAUAAUUUGGUUUUCUGUCUCUUUAAUAGAAUACUGACUGGCUGCUCUGCUGACUUGUUAAUGCUUUUGACAAGCAAGGAAGCAAAUGCUGCAAAACAGUGACAGUUUGAAUUGUGUAAGAGGGAAAGGAAUGAGGAUGUUUAGUAUUUUCCACAAGCUGGAAGAGUGUUUAUUUUCUUUUUUUUUAAAGGAUGUUGUAAAUAUUGGUGGGGCAAAAAAAUAGAAAACUGAACUGUUAACUUGUUAAUGUAAUUUUCAUUUUGCUUGCCUUGCAUAAAUUCAAAAGCCUAGAGAAAUGUACUUCUUACACCACAGUGUUAAUAAUUUAAGCAGCGUUCACACUUGGUAUGUACAGAAAACCUCUGGAGGCUGGAGGAAGACUCUUGCUGGUGUAAUGUAACUUCACCAGUGCAGGUUUUACCAGGGUUCCUCGCAUGUCUAAGCCCAAAGCUCUCCGAGCACAUAGUUUGUGUAAUGAUGCAUUCAUAAUUUACCCUGGAGUGGAAAUUAAGAACCACUCACCCCCUGAAAGAUAACCUGCAGUCUGUGAAAAAGUAGUUAGAGAAACAUGCCAAGAAGCAUUGCCAGCAAGGUGCACAAUGAUGCCGAUAAUGUAUAGGAGGAGAAAGUAGGUGACACGAAAUAGGCAUUAUUAGAUGAUAGACUGUAUACAAAUAUGCUGAUGUGUAUAUAAAAAACUUCUCAGCUAAAUGUAUCUCACACUGGGUAAAGUGUAUUCAACUGCAUCAAAUGCCAGAAAGAACAUUCAGAGGGAAGGAUGAAGCUGCGGUGCUUCCACCCUCACCGGAGGGCGGAGCUGCUUGCCCUAAGGGAGGUUAACAAGGGCUGGGCUAUGGGGGGUACGUACAAAUGGGAAUUAUUUUCAUGCUGCUGUCUUGAAAUUACAGGGAAGCUGAAUAAAAAUGCACCUCCAGAAGAUAAAGGUGAUUAUAACUAAAAAUUGCCAUUUGAGUUAUAGAAGCUAGAGCUAUACACUUGAGCUAAUGGAAAAUAAUUUGGUCAAAAUGAGAAAUCAGAACAGAAUCAAGCGAGUGUAUUUACAACGCUUCUCUGAAUGCUUGGAGCACAGCGGACUCAUCACCCAGGGAUUUUGAUACCUGUCUGCAUGUGUCAUACUGCAAACACAGAGAGAAGUACUGUAUGUUCAACUCUACACCACCCACUGCCCUGGGCGUCUCCUGCCACAGUGCUAUAUGCUGGCACUUAAAAACAGUGAGUGAAUUAAUGCAGUGACAGAAACACUGAUAACUGACUCCAAACGAGUGUCCUGGGAGAUGACCGGGGUGGUGGAAGUCAGACUGCGAUCUCUGUGGUGGGGACCUGUGCAGAAAGAAAGCUGGCAGAAGCUGCUUAUUUCAAUAAGCAAAAAGUACAUGAAAAAAAAAUGUUACACUCACUUCUUAUUAUAAGAAAAAAAAGUAGUACAAGGCCUUAGUGCUAUUUCAAUUUAUUGUUACAGGGGUGCGGCAAAGGGACAGUGACCCUUUCUACUUGCAUAAUUGUCACCAUGGGAGUUUGAAAUUAUAAUAUUAUUGCUUUGGAGCUGCUUCCCAAUUUCUUUAUGAAAUUGUUGUAGGCAGGCUUAGUUUUAACUUUGGGAGAGCUACUCUAGCAAAUGUUUGUGGCAGGUUUGGGGUUUUUUUCUCCAAAAAAAUCCACAGCGCUGGAGCUGGAGACAGUCCAUCGACUUGUUUUUCCUAAUGCACACUGCCGAAAAGGGCAGCUUCUGUUUUCUUACUAGAAUUUCUUAGGAAAAAUGCUGGCAGCCUGGCAAAAUAGCUCUGAAUCAUGACUGUUUUAAGAGGCAGAUGCAUGCCAGUGGGGCAGCAGGACUGUGCGUGCUGCGGGGAGUGACGGGAGCACUGGAGUGCCUGUCAUGCAUAGCGGGCACAGUAAGAGACCCAUUCUUGCCAAGGCUUCUCUCCGUGCUUUCCCACUGGCAUCACAGAUGUGGGGCGCAAACCUGGUGUUCUCUGGGGGCACCACGUGGUGGAGGAUCACCCUGCUAGUGGGGAGAGUGUUCCCCGAGAGCCUCAUGCCGAACACUGCUGUGAGCAGCAGUUGUGGUCCCAGGGCAGCAGGGAUCUCCCCCGCAGUAUGCAGAUGUGGAAAGAGUUAUGAAAAUCCCUGUUGCAUCUGUCUCUGGCAGAAAGCCAAGUGAUUUCAGCUGUUACCCCAUGUUUAACACGUGAACCUUGGGCAACUUUUGGAAUCUUUUGCUCUAUUUCUAAAAGUAUUUUUUCACAAGUUACUCAGAACACUUGUGUGUAUGUGUGUAAUAAUUAAGUCCUGGUGGUUCUCCAUAGAAGUCAAACGUGUAGAAGUAGCAAAAAUAGGUUGAAAAAACCUAGGAAUUCUGAAUAUUCCAAUUAAAGCUUUUAAACUAUAUCAAAGAAAUGACUGACCUUUUACAAAGCAGUGUCCCUACUUGAGAUGAUUAACAGCAGUGAAUCCUAAAACAAAGCUGAACUACAAGUGUUUGAGUUACAAUGUAUAAAGUGACACAUUGAAUACUGGCCCUCUGUCUAGAAUGCAUUCAUUGGAUAAAAAGAAUCCUUUAACUUUUAACUGACAUCUUUUCAUAUGAGCUGCUGAGAAUGCAGAAAAUUCAAAUCAAUUGGUAUAUUUUAAAAAGAAUUUUUCCCCUUCUGAUUUAUUCAUGGGAUGUAGACAAGGGAGAUUCUCUUCUGGAACAAAGGUAGGAAUUUGAGGAUGCUCUGAGUGUCUGCAGAUGCGCUUUAGAAUAUCCCACACUCAGCCAGAAAUCUUCUUAUUAAAAUGAAAUGAAGCCAUAUCCCUUUUCUGUAGCCCUCAGUUUUAACCAUGCUGUACUCCUUCCUCUUGAAUAUCACAGGUGCUGCAAAUGUCUCUGAAUUUCUUUCUGGUCUUUCAGUUCAGUGCAACUGUGGCGAACUGUUUCCUCUGAACCCACUCAGCAAUUCCUGUGUAGCUAAGGACACUGGAUUUUAAUGCCUUUUGUCUCACAGAAUGUUAAGUCGACCCUGCUGUAGAAACAGUAAUCCAGAGUGUUUUCCAAGCUCUCUGUUGUGUUUUACCUCAUGGGGCUACGUUUAGGCUCUGUAUUGGGGGAAAAAAUAAACCAAAUACAAAUCUUUAUGUGGAAAAAAAUCCAAUCUGACAGGAGCCAAGAUGAAGAUCUAGACAGUGAGUGAGUGACAUGGAGAGGCCAGCGAAGGAAUAGACCCCACAGCUUUCUUUUCUGAUAUAAGAACUCAAGGGAAUCACAGAAGUGGUCAAGUAGCAGGUUUGAAACAUCACAGUGUCUGUUCAGCUCACCAU